UGCGACGAAUCAAAUUGCUCAGGUCAAUUUUUGAUUAUGAGUUUCAUCAUGCCUGAUGUACUAAUUGUGUUUAAUAUUACGUUAAGUGGAGAUACGGUUAUGACAACAAUGAAGGCGGAACCGUGAGAAAUAAUUGACCUCAUCGAACGAAAAAUGAGCGGCUUAGUAGCCUUUUGUAUCAUCUGUUUUAUUCUGUAUUGUACUUUUACAUGGGUAAUCCCAAGAUUUUUGGCAUGGCUCGUUAAACGACGAUAUAAAAUUCACCUUCGGGUGGGGCAUAUUUCCCUGCCCUAUUUCAUCCUACGGGAUGUAAACGUCUCAAAAAAUGGCUUCACUGUGCAAGUCGAGGAGAUCAGCGUGCGUAGUAGCCUAUUCAGCAGCGAUGUAGCCAAACUUGUGGCUGUUGUGAUGAGAGACGUCAGGAUUAACAAAGAUGUUCCAGUAGGACCACGAUGUCACAAGAGAACAAAUGAUCCUUUAGAUUUUAGAAACAGAAAAGUUCCUUCUAUUAUUAUAACAUUUGUUCAGUUUAUGGCUGUGAAUGUAGAAAACUUAAGCCUCUUAGCAUUAGGCAAUGGUUGGCUGGCCAAUGGGAGUGCAGAAAGUCUCAGUCUCGAUGGCAGCGUCGUGCACGGGGCUCGCACUCUUCUUGCUUCAGCGACGGUUACUGGCGGGGCUAUGAAAUUGCUACGACAUGCAUCCGAUGCGUGUCUCUCGCAAAUCAGUUUUGCAGGAACGGUGGAAGCAACUCUAAAAGCACAAGGAGAAUUAUCGGUAGAGAAAUUGUUUAUUGGAGUAUCACAGACAGAGGGUUCUGGAGGAGCAGGACUCCUUCAGUUCUUGAGGGACAGAAAAUCUUUAGCACCUGCAGCACCGUAUUCCGAUGCACACCCACAACCUACCGGCGAUCUGUUGGACAGAUUGGGCCCAAUAAUACCAAAGAAUCUUACUUUAAAAAUGGGUAGCUCAUCUGUGAUCGCAGGACGAGAAGAUGGCACGAUAGCAGGUUUGGAAGGAACGAUGAAAGGCUUACAGAUCAACACGAGGUUCCAACCUCAUGGCCCACAAUUCUACCUCACAAUAAAGUUGGACGGACUGUCAGUUCGUGGAAAACUUCCAGUCUUGUCGUUGAAGUCGCUUUCUGUUGACUCGAAAAUGGAGGAUAAUGUGCUACACAUUGCGACUCAAUUGAACAGUUUAUACAUGACGUAUGACCAUAGAGACUGGGAGUCGAUAUUAUUCGGCAGUGUCCAUGACAUCGCCAAGUCUGACGUACAUGGCACAUCGAAGGGGAGACUAUCCUGGCUUAAUAUUCAGACCACCACGGAACUUUACGACGGAGCGUUAAUUGUGAAACUUCCUAAUGUUCAGGAAGCGUCUUGUCGCGUCGCGCACAUAAAAUUCUCCUUUGACAGAAGAGCAGAUAAUAUGGAGGUAUGGAACACCGAACUGUUCGUUGAUUCGCUACGUUGUUCUUUCAAUGGGACGGAUGUCGGAACUCCAGAGGAAUCUCAUCAUUGGGGCAAUCCACUUUCAGUGGGCGUUUUCUUGGCUACAACGCGAACAAACGCUUUGGGAAUCGUUCUCGACGAUCUUCAAGCUGAAUGGAGUCUCGAACUCGCUAAGUUCCUUGAGCAAGGGUUCACGUAUUGGCGCGAACACAAGACUAUCUCGAACAAGGAGAAGAACCGAAAGGAAGAUGCCAUUCAGUUGAAUCUCAAAGUGUCGAAUUGCAAUCUCUUCUUCAUCGCGGAGAAUGAACUCUCCGUAAUGUUGCGCCUCGACUCGGCGAGUUUGGAGCACAAUGCAAAGCAGUUCGUCUGCGUGGCCGAAGGUGUCUGUGCUAUCACUCUCAACAAAGACGAUCCUGUCGUUUGUCAACGCGCCCAAACAUUGUCGCAUCCUUUCCUGGCAAUCAGGAAGUGUAAAGGCGCUGUCACCUCGGACGCCGUGAACGUCAGUCUCGACGGUACCAAUUUGGCAUGGAGUCCGAAUCUGCAUCUACGUCUUCUUCAACUGUGGAUAGAGUCCGCCGACUUCCGAUCCAUCGUCUUUGGAAAGAUAGAACCAUCUGCGAAUGCGGAAACGACACCGAGGCAAAGGCGAACGUUUGAUGUCCUCGCCACUGGUGGAAUAGCACUGUCUAUUGACAUUUCUCCAAGACAUUUCUUGGAGCUUUCGUCUGGACAAUUGCGCUGGACGCAAGGCGAGUGGAGGUUGAAUUAUCUUCGGGUUGCUUUGGACAUGGCAGACAUAAUCGACAUCGAAGGGUUCGAGCUAAUUAGAGUUGCGGACAGCGAAGAAGUCAAAGUAGAGAGACGACACAACGAAGGGUUCGAACUCGAGUGGAACGAAACUUGGGCUUUGAAUAUCGAUUCGGCAAAGGCUUGUUUCCCCUACGAGCACGGUUUCACCGAGGCGAUACAGUACGAGCUUUUCAGUAUCAGGAAAUGGCUAAAGGAAAUACAUUCAAAGAGAAGAAACGCAAAGAAACCGUUGCCCUGUGAUCUCAUCAUUAAGAUAAAGGAAUGGAUCUUCGAGGUCAGCGACGACCCCUUCGAGGUCAGGCUAAGAGACAACUACGAGCUCCUAGAAGACGAAUACAAGGAGAGCCUGAAACGCCAAGCCAUGCUGGACACAAAAGUUCAGAAGCUCUACCGGGAACAUUUGCUUCUACCCCAGGGAAAAGUGGAGGAGCUCUACGAUAGCUUGAACAAGAAAAACGCGGAGAUAUACGUGCAGCGUUGGAAGCAGAUGCAGCGAGCAGAACCAGCGAGAACGCGACUCUUCGCCUGGACGAUGCAAGACCUGGAGAUCGUGACCCUGGCGGAUCCUUCCAUCGAUGGAACGGAGAGAGCGACGAAGGCACUCCGAGAAAUGGACCCAGAGACUCCAUGGCCAGAGGACGGUCUGGAGUUCAACACUCUAUGGGUACGUGGAGUGGCUCUUCGAUGUGCGGAAUGGAAGCUGCAGCUGCGAGACUUCCCCCAACCGUUGCUCCUGGUGGAGGGUCUCAGUGUCUGGGGAAGACUGGCAGGGGCCGAAGCCCUGGCACCUCCUCGAGCAAGAGGAACAGUCCGAAUAGAAGUGGGAGCACCCUGGAGCGACAUAACGGUGGAACGCGGCAUGACUUCCCUGAAGUACUACCACGACCUGAACUGGGACAUUGACAAAUUCAGAUACGCCUUCGGUCCCUGCUGGGAGCCGGUGAUAGCGCAGUGCAACCUGAGCUUCGAGAAGAUCAUCCACCCGUCGAGAGACCCCAGCCCUCCGCUGCCCUUCUGGGAUAAGCUUAGACUCGCUCUUCAUGGUAGGCUCACUCUAUGCGUGAAGCAAUUGACGGUACUUCUGCAUGCCUCGCUGGAUCCCUACAACACCACCGAAGAGAUGGAGCUCACCUGGUCGGGUCUAGAGCUCGACUGGACCCAAGGACGCGUCAUCGUCAAGGGCGACCUGGACGUCUAUGUGCGCACUGCCAGCAAAUACGACGAUUGUAGGCUCCUUCAUCUACCAAACGUUAGACUGAGCAUCAAGCUUACUUGGGUCUGUCUAGGAGACCCUAGAGACCACCACGCGGCGAUACCGUGUGCCCCUGAUCGGCUUCCGGAGUACUCCAGCAACCAGGAACACGAUUCUUUCAGAGCCUUCCGCUCGCAGAACCUGAACGUCAGUCUGGCUCUGGAGACGAAACCCACGGAGUCCCCGGCUGUAGCCAGUGCCCCAACGGCGUUGCUUUAUGGCAGCACCUUGAGGUGGUUCGAGAACCUGAAGUUCAUCCUGUCGGGGGCCACCAGGCCCACCCGGAAGGGGCCGCUCUUCAAGAACAUCAGGCCCAGGAAGAAGCAGCUCAGCAGGCACUACCGGAAAAUCAGGCUCACCCUGGCCUUCCAUCGGUUCCACGUCAGCUACUGGAUGUCCUUCGCCAUGCAGAGGGGGUUUGAGAUCACCGGGGGAAGGGUUGCCUGCUGCUCGGAGCACAACCUGGCUCUUCAUCCCAUCAAUGAUGGGCUGAUUCAUCGACCCAGGGCCGAGUGGUCGGUGGUUUAUAUGAACUCCGAGCUCAGCGAUGCCGAGAUUUGGCUGAAGAGCGCCUUGCAGGAGGAGGAGGAGACCGCUUCUCUCAGGCAACCUGUAGAAAAGUGUUAUUGUCUCAGCGUUGCUAGGGUUAGUUAUGGCAGGGAGGCCAUGGUAGCUGGAGUUGGUGGCGACACUCCGAUCCACAGACUGGUCGUUCAUGAUCUCAAGGGCGCCUGGACCAAGACGAACAGAGAUGUUGCUUUUGCGCUUUUCGACUCUUUUAUUAAGACCCAACAGCUUAAGAAGAACCUCAGCAAUGCCGCGCUUAAGGGCUUCCACAGGGAGAACAAUUCCACGCCGCAUAAGAACAGAACCAGACCGGUGGAGUCGCAGAGCACGGCGGCUCAGGUCGCUCCUUUACCUGUGGCCAAGCCUCAGCAGGGAGAGGCUGCGGGGAUGCUGCAGAGAUUGAUUGCUGAGGCUGCUAAUAAGCCCGUGGCUUUCAGCGACGAUCUGUCCGUUCAGACUAGAGGGCAACAGCUGAGAGGACUGGCUGCGUGCCAUCAGGAUGAUGUCUUGCAUAAAAAUUGGCUAAUUGCUUUGGUGAACAGUCAAGUUCUAUUGAAGGGCAUCGAGACUCGAGGAUACGUUAUUCUGUCGGCCGCCAAAGCUGAGAUUCUCCAGAGAGUGCAUCGGCCAGUAUGGAGAGAACGAACGUUGGUGUCCAAAACCACCUGGCUUGGUUCUCUGGAAUGCAUGCAGUAUUAUGCAACUGUUAACGCAAACAUCGACGACAAUAUUGACGAUAACAUAAUGUGGCUCACCCUGGAUAACAUUCAAGAGAAAGAUUCUACGGUGAUAGCAGGUCUGCCCGACGUGCCAGCCCUGGUGGGGUCAGGUCAGAGCGUGGGUGGAGUCGUCAGUCAGACAGUGGGUGGCGGUGGAGGUCCUCAGCAUCAACUUCAGCGAAUAGUCUCGCGGUGUAAAUGCGAGUUCUUCUACGUAGGGUAUGGCCAGGUGUUGGACGUGGGCUCCCUGGACGAGGUUCCUCCGCCCCCGGGUGAAGAGGUCAGCCCCUGGGAGAGGAAAGAAUUAUCAGCCGCAGAUGCGUUCACCCUGAUGCACUACGACCUGGACGUGUGCACGAAUUCCCUGCAGUACGCGAUGAUCCUGGACAUAGUAAACAACUUGCUGCUCUACGUCGAGCCCAGGAGGAAGGAGGCCUUGGAGCGUCUCCAGAGGAUGAGGUUCCAGCUUCAGCUGCACUCCGUCGAGGACCAGAAGAGGCCAAUCCAGCAGCUGCAGAAUACAGUGAGGGGCUUGGUGGCGAAACUGCGGAGGCUGGAGAAGGAGACCUACCUGGUGAAGAAGGCUCUAGCUGACGAGUCCAGCGCGGAACUCCUGGCAGAGAUGGAACACCUCGAGGCAAGGGUCUUCGAGUGCAAGGAACAGCUCAGUGCCAGAGCGGAGGAGCUGGACGUCAUGUUGAGCUGCUACAAGGAGACCACCACCCCUGCGACUGCUUCGGCCACUCUGAAGGACAAACCAACCGCUGUGGCCAGGGCUGCGGAGAUUUGUUUCAAGCAUGCUCAGUGGAGACUCACCGAUGCCGAUGGACAGCUGGGGAUUGCCGAUCUCAUCUUGACCAAUUUCUUGUACACCAAGACCAGCAAGACCGAUGACUCCGUUGAGCAUCUCUUGGAGUUGGGGUACGUCAGGAUGACGAAUCUCUUGCCCAAUCAGGCCUACACGGAGGUCUUGACUCCUACCGAGCUGCAGAGUAACAUGCCAGUCGACAGGCAACGAGCACUCAGGAUUUUCUGCAGGGAGAAGGCUCCUGUUGCUGGGAUUUCUGUCAAGGAACAUUUCGAAAUCAACGUUGUGCCUCUUACGAUAGGACUAACGAAGAAAUUCUUCAACACCAUGCUGAAGUUCUGCUUCCCAGAAAGGGAUCCGGAGGGCAUCGAAGAGCCUCCUCCACCACAGAGAGAUUCUUCGUUUUAUGUGCCAAUCGAGAGAAGAGAUGACGUUGAGAAGAUGAAGGAAAGAGCGGACAAGAAUAAAUUGUUCAUUUAUAUUAAGAUCCCUGAAGUGCCAGUUCGCGUUUCGUACAAGGGGAACAAAGAGAAGAAUCUGGAAGACGUUAGAGACUUUGCCCUCGUGAUACCGACGUUGGAGUAUCAUAACGUCACCUGGACAUGGUUAGACUUGCUUUUGGCUAUGAAAAGUGACUCGAGGAGAGUAAUACUUAGUCAAGCUAUAAAACAGAAGCUGCAGAUCAAGCCGAGGGGUCCUCAAGAAGAAGCCACUCCUCAAGAGGAAGACAAAGCUAGACUUCUGCUCGGUGCGAGGCAUCUUCCUGGGGAUGCUCGAAAAAAGGGCGUUUUCAAAUUUAAGUAACUCACCAAAAAAUCAGCUUGUUGCAACGCAACUUUGUUACACGUCACAAAUGAUGCUAACUAGAACAGAAUGAUUUUUUUUACAACGUACAAUGAGAUCAGUAGUAAGAUAGAUCAUAUUUAUAAACGAAUCGGUUGGAGCUUUUAGGCUAAUUAUAAUUCUGUACAGAGAUAAUAUUUAUAUUUUUUUAAUCGGAGUAAAUUGCUGCGAUACUAGCAUUUGUAUAUUAUUUUUAGCUACGUGCGCGCAUAAAUCUUUUUAACUUCUGUCACAAAACAUCGUAAAUGUGGCUAUUUGCUUUAGCAUAAUUGACACAUUCUUAAUGAUGAUUGUAAAACAUUUACCAGCACAAAGGUCUUAAAGUGCUACUAUACAAUAAUUGAAUAUUUUAACAUGGUCUUUUUGGCCCAACUUAGUAAUCAUUCAAAAGAAAUUAACACAAGGUGUAAGGCAAAAUACAUGUUCAAAGUUUCGGAAUUACUUUUAUGGUUAUGCACCAUGUAUUGUACCUGUACAUGUAUGGGUAUUGUACCAUGUAUAAAAAGAUAUUUCUUUGUAUAUAAUUUAAUCAUUGUAACUAUAUUACAGCAGGCUGUCAAUUUAUUUAUUUUAGAUGUACGCAAAAGGAUCCAUUAAAACACGUAUUAUAACUUA